AUGAAACCGUCAUUAUACACACCAUGUCUCCUCAAUUUCCAAAGAGCUGGCGCCCGACAACCGCCACAAUUGUCUGCAAUCCGCGCCAUCCCAAUUCACAACAACCACCAUGGACAACAGCGACAGCGACAACUAUCAACAUCCCCAACCCCGUCAACCCCCAGGCCAAGAACAAUACCGAAACAAAAGCCAACAACCCUCAUAACAGCCCGCCCCUUCUUCACGUUAUUAAAGUCUGACACCCCCCGCACACUAACCGCAACAAGAACCCUCCCCCACCCUCCCGAGCCGCUAUUCAAAGUCAUAUCCUCCGUGGAAUCCUACUCCGAGUUCCUCCCCUUCCUGUCCGCAUCGACCGUGACCGCGCGCGAUGAGAAGACGGGGUACCCGACCCGCGCGUUUCUGACCGUUGGGUACGGGCCGUUCAGCGAGACGUUCACGUCGAAGGUGGACUGUGAUAAGAGUAAAUGGGUCGUGGAGGCUCGGAGUGGUGCGGGAUUCGCUGGAUCUGGGGAAGAGCCAGGAAAGGCGUCUCAGUUUCCGGGGGCUAAUGAGGGGAUUUUCGAGUAUCUUUGUACAAAGUGGCAGUUGGUUCCGGCGUCGACUUCUCCCGUGCGGACCAGGGUGGAUUUGGAGAUUAAGUUCAAGUUUAAGAGCGCGGCACAUGGAGCUAUGAUGAGUGCCGUCGAGGGGCAGAUGGCUUCGGUUAUGAUUGCGGCGUUUGAAAAGAGGAUUAGGGAUAUUGAAGGAUCUCGAUGA